AUGGAUACCGAUACUGAUGCAUUUCAUGAACGAUUACGGCUUAAAAUUCAACCAAGUCCACCUAAAUUUCCCUACCGAGAUGAUCCAUUUGAACUUACAGUCUACCUCGUAGAUCCAGCUGAUCACCUCAAAUCGGGUGUAAUGGUACCACUCAAUGUAGAAUUGUACUCAGCAGAGAAAAUGAUGCCUGUGGAAAAGGACAUUUUGCAUAUUGAUCCAAGUACAAAACCUAUUAUGAAUGGUGAUGGAAUCUGUAAGCUACGUAUGAGUAUUAGUGAGUGCUCCAUGGCACUUGGGAAUCGCAAGUUUGUGCUUCAUAUCUCGGCUUCUACGACCAAGGAAAAUAUUAAUCUGAACGUCACACCAGCCGUCACGUCCGAGAUGACGGUAAUCCAGCACCGUCUACUCAUCCAGGAGAAGCUGCCCGAGCUUUGGUACAAGGACGAGGGUGGCCGUGACAAGUGCAUGACGCUGCCCAUCUACCUCGUGAACGCCAAGAACGAACGCGUAGGUAACCGCCCCGUGCCACUACGCGUGACACUGCUCUACGAAAAUGAGCAUCCUGUGCUCAAGCAGGAUAUUUUAAAGAUGUCUCCGGACUGCCAACGCACCAUUGAUUCGACGGGUAAAGCCGUGCUAAAGCUGCGAAUUGAAGACGUGUCCAAGAACCAUCAGGGUCAAGCCUUUCGCCUCAAGGUGGAAGCCGACACAGCACAGUCGCCGCUUAACUUUGACGUAGCAUACGAUCUCAGCUCGUCCAUCUCUGUGCGCUCCAAGCGCAACAAACGCCGACCAGGCAAGAGUGCCCCGACACAGAUCACACACCACGUCAUCAAUGGUGCGUCUACACCAAUGUCAACGACGUCAUCGCCUGCUUCAAAUGCAGAUAAUGAAAUGAUGCUCACUAGUGCUUUUGGAGCUACCGCAUUUACAGCAGAUGAUCGCCGCAAAAGGAUGCGCACGGGAGACAGCGCGUCCCCGGGUACACCACGAGUAGGUGGGAGUCCACAGUCUAGUAAUUCGCUGACUGGUGCCAUGGAAAACAUCUUGACCUGGACUGGUGGGGUUGUGAAUGGACUCCACCAAUUAGAAUGGCAAACGGUAGGCUAUGAAAGCAAGAGCGAUGGCAGGGCCGACCCGGAACGACCUAUAUAUCGCUGCCCAGCAUGCUGGCGCUACAAAGAUGUCAUGACAUACGAAACAGCCCAGCAUGAUACGAAAUGCCUGAUUGCGAAUCUUUUGCUCACGUACGCCACGGAUACAAUGGGCCGUCUUGACUUUGUGCUCAAAGGUAUUGAGCGGUUUCCAGCGAUGAUUGCUAGCGCUCAGGCUGCUGCUCAAAAAGCAGCAGUGAAGCCAAUGGGACAGAUGUCAAACCAAAACACUGGAGGGCCGUCACUUGUGAGCCCACAGAAUGGAGGUAUGCUGGAUGUGAAUUCGCUGACGGACGAUGCAUCGUCCAAUCAGCAAAUGAUGAGUUCAGCUAUGAUGAUGAAUUCUACUAUGGAAGUUAGUGCCUCUUCAAACCAGUUUUCUAUGAGCAAUAGCUCGUUGGGAAUGGCCACGGCGACUUCAGGGGCUAUGAGUGGUUUGGCGGGAAUGGAUGGUCCUCCUGGUUUAUUUCGCAACAACUCGGGUGGGCUCACAGAAUUUAUGCGCUCGCUUGACGACCAAGACUCAAGUGACCCGAUGUUUUAUCAGAACCUCGCUGGUAAUGGAAACAACAACAGCAGCGGCAGUGGCAACCAGAUCGCCAAUGCGAUUGAGAUGCAAGUCUUCUACGUGGUUGCACGAAUGGUUACGCUAAACGCCAGCAAUGCAAUUGGCUUUCCAGCAUUUGACGUGAGUAUGAACCUGUUGGGAUUCUAUCAAGAGGGUCGUGAGAAUGCAACGAUUGAGGUGGUGUUUGUACCUGUGAACAAGAUCCCUGCUAUUUCUCAAGGCGAGAUCCUAGAGACCCAGCGGCUGCUGCAGGCGGAGAUGAAGAGUAACAGCUCUGCAGUGCACACGUUGGUGCGCUGUAGCAACGAUUUGGUAAAAUUGAAGGAAGACGUGAUCCUUUUCCACUGGAACGCAAAGGAUCGGAUUGCGCCGAAGUGGUAG